UCGCGGGAAUUGCCUUGGUCGUCGUAAUUUCUCGUCGAUAUCCUAGCCACGGCCGCCAACUCCUGGAUAUCCCUGUCGUGCCGGAGCGACUCCGUCUUUUACGUACUCGGCGAACCGAGAGCCAUCCCGUUUCCGCGUGCUUUGAGGGCACCUCGCUAGCGGGCUGACCCCAUCACGUUUCCGCGGCCAUGGCCGCCAAUAUGCCGCAGAUGGUCGCCAACGGCCAGAUGCUGAUGCAGCAGCAGCAGCAAGCCCAACGUCGGCAACUCCAGACUGUAGUCUAUAAUCACUUGGUGCAGAGCAUGUCAACGGUGGCUGGGUCCUGGCAAAGCCAAACACAAACCCAAGAGCGGUUUGGAAAAACCAUGAACCUUAUUUCAAACAUAACAUUAGCUCUCCCCAGUGCCGAUUGGCAAAAGGCCGCUCAGUACGGACUCGAAGUGGAAAAUAAGGCUUUCCAUGGUUCAGCCGACAAGCAACGGUACGAACAGCAGAUGGACGCAGCCAUAACAGACAUGGUCAAGCGGAGACAAGCGCUUGCGCCCAAUAUUCAGAACCAACUCAACGCCGACGCUAUGCGGCAGGCCCAGCUACAGGCUCAGCAGAAACAGCAGCAGGCUCAGCAGCAGCAGCAGCAGCAGCAGUUGAUGAUAAACCAAAUGGUGGCAAGGGGGAUGGGGCAACAGCCCCAGCAAAUGGGUUUUCAGCAUCUCCAGAACCCCAUGCAGGUGUCACCCCAACAGGCGUUGAGUGGCAUGGGCAUGGCAGGCCCUGGAAUGCUGCAGAACCGGCCCGACCAGCGCCAGUUCCAGAUGCCGAUGGCACAGCAGCCACGACCACAAACCGGACUCUCUGCCGAGAUGAACCAACUCAGUGGGCCAGAGAGGCAACAGGUAUCGGACAUAGCCGUGAAACUCCACGCUCAAGCCGCAGAGUCGCAACGCAACAGCGUUCGGAGUUUCGUGCAACAAAAGAUGUCAGCAGCGCAACUAGCCGAUUAUCAGCAGAGAAACAUGGACCCGUCGAUGCUGUACUACCAAAACCAAGCCUUGAAUAUCCACAAGGGGCGUGUUCCAGGGGUUCCGGGAUUCCCGGGGAUGAUGGGGCAACGUCAACAACAGCCAGGUUUACCACCAAACACCCACGCGCAACCACAACAUCAGGGCCAGCUGAACGCGGCCAUGAUGAGUUCGCAUGUUCCCCAGCAGGGCGUCUCUGAUGGUCAAAUGUUUCUCGGAAACCUGGAAGCGAUUCGCAACGAGCAACAGAUGGGAGUGAUAGCGGAACAAGCGGGAGUGAUGGUUGUGCCGGCACCCCCGGGCGCUGUCCGCGGCGCGCCGGGGCUUAUCAAUGGCGUUCCCCCACAGGCCGGGCAGGUUCAGAAUCCGGGACAGGCGCCACGAAACCCCCAGAUGCAACAGCCGUUUGGCAUGCAGCAAGUCAAGAUGGAGCCCAUGGCCGCCCAAGCGCAGGCGCAGGCUCAAAACAGAGCAGCAAUGAACCGGCCUAUGCAAGGCCAGCCGGGAGGGAUAGCAGGACCUUCUCCGACUUCUCAAAGUCCGGCAGCUAUGAACACGCUGAACGCCCCGAUGCGGCAGCCACCCGUACCUAUGGCCCCGGCCAACAGGCAGCCGAUCAACCAGGGAAAUCCACAAAUGGGAGGGACGCUCAACCCGAAUUUUAGCCACCAGUCUAACCCAAGACCGGGGAAUAUGAACAGCCAAACUAUGGCGGCAAUGCUGGCCAAUCUCAGCCCCGAAGGUCGCGCAAUACCGGAAGACAAGCUCAAGGACGUGAUGGCAAAGUGGGAGCAGGAGCAACAUCGCCCCCCGAUGAACACCGGAUUUCAGCCUCCUAAGCAGAUGCAAGGGAUGCCAGGGCAACUCCAAACUGGACCGAUGGGUAAUGCGAACCAGUUUACUGGAGCUAACACCGCCCAACAGCCCAAUGGGGCGAUGGCGCAGAUGGCACAACAACAACAGCAGCAGCAGCAGCAGCAGCAACAACAACAGCAGCAGCAACAGGCUCAACAGGCUCAGCAGCAGCAGCAGCAGCAGCAAGCCCAGCAACAGCAACAAGCCCAGCAACAAGCCCAGCAACACGCCCAGCAGCAGCAACAACAGCAACAGCAGCAGCAGCAGCAGCAGCAGCAGCAGCAGCAGCGACAACUUCAACAACAACAAGCCCAACAGCAGGCUCAGCGUUUUGCUCAAAAUCCCCAAUAUGUUACCAUGGCGGAUAGCAUGAGCCUGCCACCUCAAAUCAUACAGCAGCUGCGAAUUCAUGUGCCUGCUGAUACCGAAAAAUGGGGCCAACUUAAAGCGUUCAUGCGGUCAAACCCCGGGGCGGUGCCACAAAACUUUCAGAACCAGUUGCUUCAUUUACAAAUGAUGCAGUUCAGGGGCUUUGUGGACCAAAACAAAAACAAGGUGAGACAGGGGCUACCGCCCGGAAGUGCGCCGUCAGGUGGCACACAGCCAGGCCCUACAGGGCCGGUGCCAGCUUUGCCCCCUGGAGUUACGGUCCCUCCCCAAUUCCUUCAGGUAAGCCAGCAGGAUUUGGAAUUACUGCGCAGAAAUGUGAAGUGGCAGCGUUUUAGCGUUGAGGGACUUCAGAUGGUUGCCAGACGCCUCAAGGAAGAGAACUGGACAAGAAAUUAUUGGCAGCAGCAAAAUCUCGCCAAUAACAAUGCAAGCGCAAUGGCUCAAAAACAGCCAUUGCAAGGCCCACCACCGUCAACUACACAGCCCGCCCCGGUAGCACCGCUAAUAGUACGUCAGCCAAGUCAGCAGAAGCCUCCUGGGGCUCCCGACGCGGAUAACUUGACACCUGUGGGUACAAGUGCUCAAAAUGCCGGCCGCAUGCCUGCUCAAUCCCGAACGGCCGCUGUCAACCCCUCGCCGGCACAGAAUCAGAAGAGUUUGAAGCGCCCAAACUCGGACGAUGUCGCAGAUGCCCCUAACCAAAUCAACAACCCUUCGCAGCAGCCUCCCCAGUCGUUCCCGCCCUUUGUGCCAGACGCCCGCCCCACAGGCCAGAUCAUGCAGUUUACCCCCGAGCAAAUUGCAAAGAUGUCUCCAGAACAGAGGGCAAAAUACGAAGCAGUGGUGCAGGCUCGUCAACAGCAGCAGCAGCAGAAGCAGCAGCAGCAGCAGCAGCAAAUGCAACAACAGGGUCCGGAAUUAGCGCGGCUGAGGCAGCUUGCUCAAGAAGAAGGCCGUCAGUCGAUGCUCACGCAAGGGCAGGAUAAGCCAAUACAGCUGAGGCCAGAUGACAUGCAAGACUUUUUGGCCAAGCUACUCAAAACUGGCGCAGAUUUGAAAAAGCUGAACAAGUUUUUGACCAAGUGGUUUGCCGCCACCAACGAUGAGACCCAAGCAAGAGCGUUCUUGAAAUUGCGCGCGAAAUUGGUGCGGCAAUUUGUCGAUAACGACUUUAAGAUACCCAAAAACGUAAACGUGUUAACCCUGACGAUACCCGAGCUGGACGCGCUUCAACAGAUAAUGGAGCAGAUAUUCACGGACUAUAUCGCGAUUAUGAAGGAGGGAAAUGCCGCCGCCAAUGCUCAACGAGCAGCGCCACCAGCGCCACCAGCGCCACCCGUGGCCCAGCCAGCAGGCCCGCGCGGUUCUCAGCCGACGCCAUUGAGUGCGGCUAACCUUGAGAAGCAGACCCAAGCUCUCAAGCAGGUGAAUCGGGCCGGCGUAAAGGUUGGACAGCAGCCGCCAGCCGCUCCAACCACAACGCAACCCCCUUUCCAGUUUGGGGCCCAAAAGUCGCCCGCCGGGCAGCCCAUUUACUUGAGCGAUCAGCGCGUCACCCAGGACAAUCUCAACCCGCCGCCUCCUAGGAAGAAGGCCAAGACGGGAGCGCAGCCAUCGUCGUCUCCGGCAGUUCAGCAGGGCGCCACGGUCUCUGCUCAGGUCACUGUCAAGGCGCCGUCUCCAGAGACCAAGAGAAGACCCGCGCCAGAGCCACAGACGCAGUACCAGCCACAGCCACAGCCACAGCCGCAACCACAGUCCCAGUCAAAGCCGCAGCCCCAGUCUCAACCGCAACCACCGCCGCAGACGCAAGCGAAGGUCCCGACCCCGCAGACGUACCCCUGCCCGGAGCCGGAUUGUGAAAUGCAUGUUACGGCCUUUGUGACCGAAGAGGCCCUCAGCCGUCAUCAUCAAGAGGAGCACGUCAAGCCGAACGAGGACCCAGUCAGGUUCAUGAAGGAAAACUUUGCCUUAGCCAUGGGCCUAGAUUUGCAAGGCAACCCAAUACUCCCGCCUAAGGGCAACGGUCAGGACGCUAGCCAGUUCGGCGCACCGCCGAUGGGCAUGAGCCUCUCCAAGCAGGGACAGACGCCGAUGAGCAGGCCGGACUCGGCCGCAACUCCGAUGUCUCGAGAUGCGUCGAUGAGACGGCAGGCCAGUGCGGGCGUAAAGGGACCUGAGACGGCGGGCACACCGGGAAGGACCCAGAAUACGCCCAGGUUGGCCGAGGUCAAACUUGCAGAAGGGCCGCAGAUGGCUGUCAUGGAAGACCCGUGGGCGAAUUCGACAAUAGACCCGCAGAGCCUGUUUGCCGGGUUUGCGCCGCUGGAGUCGAUGAACGGAAACAUAUUCUCGGAUAUCAGCGCGUACAGAUCCGUGACGCCCAACGACACGCCCGAAUCGAGCAAGGACAGCGGGGCGUCGGAGCCAAACAGUGACAUUGCCGAAGGGGCACAUCUCGACAUUGAUCUCAACUGGCAGCCCAUCGACACGGACCUCCUCCUGGACAUGAACAACGUGAACAUGGAGGGAUACGAUUCGCUUGACCACGACAUGUUGGGGUCCGACCCGAUGCAGUUUUCGUCGCUCGAUGACAUGACGACGGAUUUCUCGAAGCCUUUCCAGUUCGACACGUCGCUCUACUCAAUGGAUGCUUCGUAGGACCUCGGGACGGCCGUUAUCGUGGUCCCAGUGUUUAGGAUAUUAGAGGGCGACAUCUCCCGCACGGUGCACGAGGCAUUAUGCUUGGACGAUACGACGGAAUAUGACAUGGAGGGCGGCUAAUUCGGUUCGGCCAAGGUUCAGGACAGGGAACUGGGGGCGCGGGAUGGGGUUAAUGACUACGAACAAGCAUCGGUCUGGACAGGGUGGGAAAAGGGCGGCUUGUUAUGGCGUUCCUUGGUUU